AUGACUCGCGUACUCCUCCAGGACUGUCAUUUUCGACUGCACAAAUACCGAGGAGUUUUGAGCCAGUCAUCUUCAAGGUGCUCGGAGUUCGUUGGCGAGAACGAGACAGCACUCCUCGGCCAAGUGAUCGGUCAACGGGCCAGAGAACUAAGAUCCAAACGCGAUAGGGAAUUGAUGGCCAAAUUCCACAAAUUAAGCUCUGCUACACAAGACGACAACGAUGUACUGGUCCACAAUCUAUCCUCCAAAGAAUUUAAGCCAGAGCAGAUUCAGGUGCUGAGGCAUGCUGCCGGUUUCAACAUCUCGGACGCUGACCCGGUGAACCUCGUGGCCACGAUUGAGUCCGUUCUAAAACACUCCCAAGAGCCAGCUGAAACACAGCACCUCAUUCGGCAACAAGUCACGUCCUUGGUUAUGACACACAAACCGCGAUUGGUCAUCCCGAGAGCGCAGCAGGAUGCCCUCAGGACGCUGAAGGCGGACAAGAGUAUCGUGAUCCUACCGGCAGACAAAGGGCGAUCGACAGUUAUACUUGACAAGACCGAGUACCUCCAGAAAGCCAAUACCUUGCUUGAGGACAGGCAAGCGUACGUCAAAUGUGAUGGGGACCCGAUGAAGAAACUGAUGACGCAAAUAAACACGACGCUCACCAUGCUACAAAAUAAUGGCGCAAUGAGCAGGGCAGAACGACUGGCCACCAAACCGACCGAUGCUGCCAUGGCAAGGUUCUAUGGGCUGCCCAAAAUACACAAAGCUGGUGCCCCACUCCGUCCCAUCGUGUCUUUGCGCGGGACACCCACAUUCAACCUGGCCAAAUGGAUGUUCCGACGCCUGAACUGCCUCACCUCGGGCUCCGACACGACAGUCCGUUCAUCCGUCCACUUCCUGGAAAGACUGAAAGGGCUGCAAAUUGACACAGACGAGGUCAUGGUGUCGUUCGAUGUAACCUCGCUUUUCACCUCGAUCCCGAAGGAGUUGGCCAUUGAAACUGUCAGCGACCUCCUCGACGGCCAAUACACGGAGGCAAACAACACCCCGAAGCGGGGACACCUUGUCCAGCUGCUUAAAUACUGCCUCCAAACAUUCUUCACAUUUGAAGGGACGGUAUACGAGCAAAUCAAAGGUACGCCGAUGGGCUCACCACUAUCCGGUUUUAUCGCUGAAGCUGUUCUUCAAAGGUUAGAGACGUCGGUGAUCGCAACAUACAAACCAAAGUUUUGGGCGCGGUAUGUGGACGACACUUUCGUCGUUCUCAAACGGGAAAUGGUACUGAAUUUUCACGCGCUACUGAACUCACCAUGGAGACAGAGAACAACAAUCAGAUCGCCUUUCUAGACGUUCUGGUCCAUCGCAAGGUCAACGGGAGCCUGAAAACGACGGUCUACAGAAAGGCCACUAACACGCGCCAGGUCCUGUCCUACCACAGCAAUCAUCCGCUGUGUCACAAACGAAGCUGUGUUCGAUCUCUCUACAAGAGAGUUGACACUCACUGCAGCGAACCGGCCGACAAGAUAGCCGAAUUCCACAAUCUACGGCGGAUUUUCACCUCCAACGGUUACCCCCGCAGCUUUAUUGAACGCAGCAGACUGUCCAGAGCAACCGUGAAGUCAACGGCAAAUCAGCCGAAAGUCUGGCGAGCGCUGCCAUACAUUGCGAAUGUUUCCGAGGCAGUUGCUCGUAUUUUGCAACCAUUGGGUAUCGGCAUCGCCCAAAAACCCGAAGCGACAAUUAGACGUAUGGUCAUGAGACCAAAAACGCCCCUACCACGAGGCGAAACCGCCAAUGUUGUCUAUGGGAUCCCGUGUACUUCCUGCGAAGCCAACUACGUUGGGGAAACUGGGAAGAGAUUGCAGACCCGCAUGGACGAGCAUGCAAGAGCGGUGAGAAGAAUGGAUCAGCUCUCGCUGGUGGCGGAACAUUGCGCAGCUUUUGACCAUGCCUUCGCCUUCCAAGACGCCGAAGUCUUGGGCCAAGGGAGCGAUCAAACGAUCAGGGAGACGCUCGAAGCCUGGCACACCACAACUACCUCGAUCAACCGCUGCGUAAUUUUGCCGGCCGCCUACCAAGUCUUACGGGCGAAAUUCAAUAAGCAGGGCUACCGACGAGGCGUCAGGCCAGAGACGGCAGCAGUCGAACCCAAACCCAGCGGGAACACAGACGGGCAUAGACAGGAAUCGGGAACCGACGAAACCAGUGGACAACCGGCGACGAACACAAACCUAGGCGACCGCCUUCUGGGUCCGAACACAGACAGACGCCAGCCCCUGGGGAGAGCGCCACACAGUGACAGGACCCCCCAGCCCGACGUCAACACCGGCAUGACAACCACCAUCAACACAGUUACGGACAGAUGUGAACGGGGCAGCGAGGCGGGAACCCACGACAGUUACAGGCACCCCCAGCCCGACGUCAACACUAGCAUGGUAACCACCGUGCACACGGGUACGGGCGUGUGCGAACAGGGCAGGAAGGCGAGAUGCGCGGAGGGCAGACAACGGACAAUGCAAACAAGAGCAAUGGCCGCGGCCGCCCUGAUGCCGCUCCCCUUCUCACACCCGACAAAGAAUGAGGUGGAACCGUUGCCGCCAUGA